AUGGCAUACUUUGUGCUUCCCCUCAUAAUGCUCUUAUUAGUGCCCACAAUAAGUUCAGACCCAGAUUCUUUGCAGGAUUUUUGUGUAGCUGAUACCAAGUCAUCCACAGUUUUCAUAAAUGGGUUUCCUUGUAUGAAUCCCAAUUACGCUACUGCAAAGGAUUUUACCACAUCUAUUCUGAGCAACCAAGGAAACACAUCAGGCAAUCUGUUUGGAGCAAGUGUUGUUUUUACAACACCACAAGUGCUUCCUGGAAUAAACACUUUGGGCGUAGUGUUUGCUCGUGUAGAUGUGGGUGUGGGAGGAGAAGUUCCACCUCACACUCACCCAAGAGCCUCUGAAAUCGUCUUCGUUUUGCAAGGAAAUCUCACCGUUGGGUUUGUAGACACUACCAACAAGCUCUUCUCUGCAGAUAUCAAAACAGGAGAUGUUUUUCUGUUCCCCAAGGCCCUCAUACACUUUGUUCAGAACACAGGAGACACAACUGCCUCUCUCAUAGGAGCUUUUAACAGUCAAGCUCCUGGUGCCCAAAUAAUUCCUUUGGCUCUUUUUGCGUCUAAUCCGGCCAUUCCCAACGAAGUCUUGGCCAAGGCAUUCCAGAUUAACGCCUAUGAGGUGGAUACUAUCAGGAAAAACCUCGGUGGGACCUGA